UUCGGGAUUUACAUCUUGCUUUCGCUUUCGUUUUCGUUUAAAUCGCAACCAAUAACCUCUGUUUUCUUUUUUGUCCUAAAUAAAAAUAACGAUUAAUGACAUUUCAUCUGAAUAAAUAUUUCGAGUUUUCAUUAUUCGAAAUUUAAAUUCGAAUCUACUUUGGUGACGUGAAUACAUUUUAUGACGGUGUUUUUUAAAGAGGCAGGAAGAGACAGACUGCGUCGGCUACAACAGAUCAACAAGACCGUCUAUUUGAAAUAAACGACAGAGGAAAAGAUGAGAGGCUGUUUUGGGCUCACACUGUUUGUUUUUCUCAUUGAUGCCCUGCAGUCUGACGGGCGGGGUGAAAUGAGAAGACUGCGACUGACGGGAAAUCAUGUGACCACACACACACAGCUACAGGCUACAUAGCGCAUAUGAUCGUUUUAUUCUCAUUACACCUACAAAUCUCUUUUAAUUCUUACUCAUCAUUGGUUGAAAUGUAGCUAUUCCAGAGAGAAUGACUGUAAUUUCAGUGUUCUAUCAUUUGUCUACCAGAUUUCUCCAUCAUUGUCCUUGCUAAACAACAAACUUGAUUGUCUUCAUAGGGACUUCCAAUUAUUCUGUCUAUAUGCAACGCUGAUAUUUUGUAUCCCAUAGCCCACCCUACACUGUAAAACCCUUGCUUUAAAAAAAAAAGAGCCACAUUUGGACAGUAACUUACUUUCCAUUAAAACAGUAAUGUAUAGAAAACACUGCAUUCUGGGUAAUAUUUGUAAUUUUCGAGAAAGUAGCCUACAGGAAUAUACUGUGAGUUAACAUCGCUAUUUUUUUUUUUUUUUUUUAGAAAAUAGCCAAAUACUGUGAAUUAAUUUCAAAGUCGACACUCAGAGGCUGUGUUCAAAUCACACCCUAUACCCUCAUUCACUAUUCCCUACAUUAGUUCACUAAUAUAGUCCACUUGACAGAGUGAAUGAAAAGAAGUGAGUGAAUUCAGACACUGAUGAACACCUGAUUAGCAGAAUCACUGAAGGACAGAGAAACAAGACCAGAAAAAAAGAGAAGAGACGAGCAGAAACACAAGAACUACAACUGACUUCAGCCAUAUUGUGUUACAAACUAGUUUGACAUUAAUUAUAUAUUACAGAAGUUCUUGCUGAGAAUUAAGAGGUUUAGACGUUGAUGUUUUUUUUUUAAUUGCAUGUUUGCAGUCGCCAUCGUGGUGUCCAGUGUCUGCUUUAGUUGGGCUCUUGACUCUUUAACAUUAUCUUUCUCUGGCUGCUGUAACUGAGUGUUUAUAAAACACAUUUGUUAUGGCAGGAAAAAGCCAACAUGGAGUUGAUCAGGUGUUUCUACAGAAUGAGAUCCAACAAUCACUUAUUUUGACAGAUACUGAAGUCAUUAUAGGACAUAAAAUAUUUUGAGCUCCUGCCUAACUUAAACACACACAGACAUCAACAAUCAGUAUAAGAAUCUCAGUGAUGGUGAUGACGCAAUGCAUGAAAAUCUCUCAAAUGAAUAAUAAGUGCAUUAUAAGUAUUAGAAUAUAAAUUGAAAUGGCAGUCGGAAAAUUUAAGGCAGUCGGUUUCUGCUAUUGAAAUGAGUUAAGUUUUAAUUUAGUGCAUGGUAUCAUUAUAGUAACAUACUGUAGAUUACAGUAAAUAACUGUACAAUCAACAGUAAAUUACUGGCAACAGUGUUACCAGUAUUUUAUCAUUCAUUUACAGACCAUUGUUUUACAGUGUACCUCCAAUCUUAACCUUUUGCAUUUAGAUAUUAAUUAAACAUUAUUUAUUGUUUAUUGAUCUGUUUUUCUCAUGAGAAUGGAUAAGCUGGUCACCACAAUAUAUUGUAGCUUAUUUAUAUAUCUGUAUGUAUGUAAAAGCUGUACACACACAAAGUAACUGUUUAUUUGUGUCUUCAGGUGCGUUUGGUGAUGAUGUGGUGACAGUGUCAGUGAAGGAGGGAGAUUCAGUCACUCUAAACACUGGUGUCACCAAACAACAACAUGACAAGAUACUGUGGUACUUUGAAGACACUCGCAUAGCUCUGAUCAACGGACAUGCCAAUACGAGCUGCUUAUAUGAUGGUGAAGGCGGGAGAUUCAGAGACAGACUGAAGGUGGACUAUGGGACUGGAUCUCUGACCAUCACAGACAUCAGAUCUGAACACGCUGGACGUUAUGAAGUAGAAAUAAUCAGAAGCGAAAGUUCAGGCAAAAGGCAAAGCUUAAACCGAAACCGCAAAUGUGACAGCACAAAAAUCACAAGAAAGAUCAGCAGCACUCGUGAUGACAGCAUCAAAACAUUCAGUGUGAUCAUCACUGCUUCUCUGUCCUCUCUGUCUGAUCAAGACGAAACCAAUGAAGUUCCUCGUAUGGCCAAGCAGGAGUUUGACUUGAAUUCAGGUCUGUCUUCAGCUGUUUUAGCAGGAAUAGUUGCUGUUGUUCUGCUGCUGGUGUGUGCAGUUGCUGCUACUGUGAUUUUCUAUCGCCACAGGAGCAUUAAAAAUGCAGGCAGGGAGAAAAACAGACCUUACAAAGAGGUGGACAGAGAAGAGAAGAAAGAGAUCGUGUGAUCUGAGAGGAUCCCUACAAAACUACUGCCACUGAAGCACGUUUACCAUUUUUAAUCUUUUUUAGGUUUCUAAAAAUAGCCUACUUAAUGUGAAAUCUUCUGUUUUUGAAAAAUAAGUUCUUGUUAAAAUAAGCACUCUAAUAAUUGUAAAGCACUUUCGGUAACACUAUACAAUAAGAUUUUCUGGUAAAGGCCUGUACACACCGGGACGAAUAUCGCACGCGAUUAUCGCAGACGUUUAACGCCUCGUGACUAAACAAAGGGCGCCAAUGUGAGUGUGCACACCAACACGAAAAAUGGCAGGUGUAAAAGCGUCAAUUUUUAAAAACGCCUCGGGUUCGUUUUUUUGUUUUGAUGCACCGUGUUAAAAACUGACAGACCAAUGAGAGUGCCGCUUUUGUUCACAUGCCUGGAGAUGCUGAAGUUACAGUAAAACAUGACUUGGUGGCGCUCAAGCACAAAUGUGCUUGGUGGCAGCUCCCUAGCUUCCCAGGUCGUGUAUCAGUAGACCGCGUAAAUGAAUUUUACUAGACUAGGCUGAUUGAGACGCACGGAUGGUGCUCUGCCAGUUCUUGGCCACACCAAUAGAUGUGUAUUAUUUCUGUAUUUUUACUGUUUGUUUUUUUCUUUUACAUUUAAAAAAUAUAGUUAAGAAUGUCUA